UUUUAAAUUCGUUCCUAUAUUGAAUUCUUUAAUUACAGGUCUAAUUACAGGUCUAUAUAUACAUAAAUUUCCAAACUAAAAAUGUUUAACAUAUGCUACAAUGCUACAUAUGCUAUAUAUCCUAUAUAUGCUAUAUAUUCUAUAUAUACUAUAUGUUCCAUAUAUACUACAUGUUCUAUAUAUCUCAUAUAUGCUACAUGUUCCAUAUAUUCUAUAUAUUCUAUUUAUCGGACAUAUGCAACAUAUCGAACAUGUUGAACGAACAUAUUCAACAUUUGCUACAUUGAUUGGCAUCACGGGUCCAGUUAUAUCACAUGAUUGCUGCGCAACAUUUUACUGCGUAACAAUACAAAAAUACCGCGUCUCGUUACAUUUAAUGAUUAUCAUCCUACGAUCACUGGAUGGCGAGAGAAUGCAGUUUAACGUUUUUGAAAAAAGUGCUGUCCAAAUACUUUUGGCAGUGCGAUGCAGAAUGUGAAAUGAAAUAUAAACUCUAACAGAUGACGAAACAAAAGUCGCAUUAUAUAACAUUAUUAACAUAUUUAUUUAUUUAU